CGACUCCCAACGCUCGACCGCGUCCUUAAAUCUCUACUCUUUGAAGGGAGGACAUGCGGCGAUAGCAAUGAGGAGCUGUGCAGAGUGGAUCUAAAUAUAUUAAUCGGCUGAAUCUUUUAUGAUUCAGCCACAGUUCACUUUAUCACAUUAGGACCUAGUUCAAGCAUUCAAACAUGGCAGAUACCAAGCAGCCCUCCGAUAGGCCACAGAGGAAGAUGUCCACCGCAGGGGAAAGUUUAUACAAGGUGCUGGGACUGGAGAAAGGUGCCUCAGGAGAGGACAUUAAAAGAGCAUACAGAAAACUGGCUCUAAAAUACCAUCCAGACAAAAAUCCCGACAACCCAGAAGCUGCAGAAAAGUUUAAAGAAAUCAACAACGCUAAUUCCAUCCUCGCCGAUGAGACCAAGCGCAAGAUCUACGAUGAAUACGGCUCCAUGGGUCUCUACGUCUCCGAGCAGUUUGGAGAAGAUAGUGUCAAAUAUUACUUCCUCAUGUCAAAGUGGUGGUUCAAGGCUACGGUCGUGUGCUGCACCCUCUUCUCAUGCUGCUGCUGUUGUUGCUGCUGUUGCUUCUGCUGUGGAAAGUGCAAACCACCGGAGGACGAUGAGAACUACCAGUACGUGGACCCAGAAGACUUGGAGGCGCAGAUCAAAGCCGAGCAGGAUGGAGGAGGUGAAACUAUUAUAAUUGUCCAGCCUAUAUCUAGUCCUGGUCAAGAAAUCUGCAGCGAAACUUUACCGGAUUCAAAAUGACUCUGGAGCAGUGAUGUGGAAGAGCUGCGUCAGGGAAGGGAGACUUAAAUAUCCCUAUUUUUGUCCAGCCCAGUCCCACUGUCAACACCCCAGAGUCCACACAUUUUGCCUCCAACCAGCCCAUCCACACCACUAAGAAGUGAGCCACAUGCCUGGUCCUGCUCAUCAUCACCACCGAGGGGUCCCUGCUCACAGACACUUGAGACCCUCAAUGUAGUGUGUUGACCGCAGGGCAUCAUGGCACCAGGACACCGUGCCACACCACUAUAUUCCUUUUCGGACCCACAGGAAACAAGCGGCAGUUUGCCAAAAGACAGAAACCUCUGCCAAGCUCAUUUAAACUGUAUCUCCAUUGGUGUGUAUGUCCAUCUGUCUGUCUAUACCACACAUCUCGAAUUAAUAUAGCUGGGAAACCGGUGCCAUCAGGCUGUGCUCCAAAAGGGAGUGGGUUUUAUUUUCGGGGACUAUUUAUUUUUAUUUUAUCGCUCUGGGUUUGUUUCUGUGUUAGAAGCAUGGAUGUGAGUGGAAUGUUCACGUGAGUGCAUGCCAAAGAUUAGCCGCAUGCCUCUAGUAUACAGCAUUUAAACUUGUGCGCGAACAAGCCCUCCUCCUAAUAAAAUAAAAAAACAUGGAGCCUCAGCUUGCCACUUUCGUUUUGCUUUUUAAAAUGGGAGAUUCAGGUGUGCAGUCACAUCUCACAUGGUGCGUUUGCAUUAUAUGGCAUUCAAUACGGCCAUCGUAUGCAAAUGACACUUAAAUGUGUAGUUAGUCCUACCGACAAACGCAGCCGACGUGCCAUAUGCAACGGUGGUACCGUAUUUCCCUAAGAUCGUAACACUUGAAAUUGCCGGUGAAAGAUGUUUUUCUAUGCACUUUUCUUUCCACUACCUACGUACAAACUUCAAGACACCAAUGCAAAUCUAAUGGCUUUAGCCUUUACAGCUAUUUAUCAACCGCGAAGGCUAUGCUAUCUGUACAUGUAAAUUUGUUUUUAUUUGUUAAAUGGGAACAAACGUAAUUUUUGUGAACGCUAUGCCAAAUCACACCUGUUUUCUUUAUGCUGUUACGUACGUAUGACAAAACGCAAAUAUUUUUAAUCGUAUUUAUUUUUAAUAUAUCAACAUUUGAGAUUAACGUGUAUGUCAUGUUGUGACUGAAAUGAUGCACUGUGUAUACUUGAAAUUGAUUUUAGCAAUAAGGAAAUGCCCGCCGUGUUAAAUGUGAAGGACUCCAGAGUCUAUACAUUAUUAGAGUAAAUGCCAAAUGUUGUUUUGAUGUCUCAAUAGCAAUAGUACUACAUAUCCAUGCUGAUAGGCGGUUUUGUUUCGGCGUGUGAAUAGAAAUAUAAUUUUAAAAACAUUGUGUGGUCCGCUGUCAGUUCUGGUUGUUUCGAGGGCAUUUUCUUAUAGCAAAGACGUUUUCUUUUAUUUGGUAUGGAUGGAUAUUGCUUUCAGUGAAUAAACUUCAUGCAAAAUAUUAUGAAAACAGACAUUCAUUAGAAAGUAGUGGAAUACAAUCUGCUGUCUUUCCGGCAUUUUUGUCAAUGUUACAUUUCCAUGUUCACUGGAUCCAUUUAUUUUAAUAGAAAGGGCCCAUUUCUGCAAUCUACAUUUUUUUUUUACAUAUGCAUUGCUGGUACUUGAUUAGGGAGCAAAUAGUUACUAUUUUAAACCAUGUAAGAUGAAAGCUUCCACAUGGAGUUUUAUAAUGCUGUACAACUUUCGAAAACUUUUUUUUGGUGACGAGGGGAAAUUUGCCAGUUACUAAAAAAUACAACUGCAGAACAACAUGGUGUGCUCUGAGAACCACGGCACACAUUUAGUGCUUCACCUUUACUUUCUUCCUGUUUUUAUGCAACAUUUGUUAUGCAUCACACAUUUCAUUGUAUGUUUAUAUUAUUAAAUCUGAAUUAAAUGAAUGGGGAUUUGUAAUAA